UCUAAUUGCACUCAAACCGACUUUUUUUUUUAAAAGAGACAACACACUCAAAGGUGAAUUGUGUUUGUGGUCAUUGUUGAUUGUAUGGAGGGGCUUUUAACAGUUCCAGAUAAAGCUCUAUUAUCAUCCAGCACUGACACAGCACAUCCAGCACACAAAUGUGCAGUUUACCUGCACGUUCCCUGUCACGCAUCCCACCCUGGCUGGACUUUGCUCAAAGUGGAGGUAAGAGGAUUCACUGGGCCAGUGAGGAGGGCAUCACGCAAAAUUUUCUUUCAUUUACAGGGCAAUAAUCGAGAUGAGGACUGCGAGUCUGCUCUGUGCGCUGUGGCUGUGUACGUUCAAUGUGGCUUUUUCCCUGAAGAUCUGCGCUUUUAAUGUUCAAAGCUUUGGAGAAUCUAAGGCCAACAACAAGAAGGUUAUGGGGAUUCUACUGAAGAUUCUUUCCCGAUGCGACUUGAGUCUCAUUCAGGAGGUCCGUGACUCAAAAGGACGAGCAAUACAAACUUUGGUGAAAGAUCUUAACAGAUUUGACGAAUCCAACUCAUAUUCCUACGUAGAAAGUGAGAGGCUGGGAAGGAAGACCUACAAAGAACAGUACGUCUACAUUUACAGAAACAAUGUGCUGAAAGUGAAGGAGCAGUAUCAGUAUGCUAAAUUAGAGGCGCAGGGCACUAAUGACACAAACGUCUUCUCCAGAGAGCCUUUCAUCGUUCGCUUUCACUCCCCGACCACUCUCACGAAGGAUCUCGUCUUCAUUGGCCAGCACACAAGUCCCAAAAGUGCCAUGAAGGAGAUGGAUGAGUUGUAUAAUGUGUUCAAGGAAAUCUACAGAAAGUGGAAAACGGAGAAUGUGAUGAUCUUGGGCGACCUGAACGCCGCCUGCGGCUAUGUCACCAUCAAGGGCUGGCGAGCUGUUCGCCUGAGAAGCGACCCAAAAUUUCAGUGGCUGAUCGGAGACGAGCAGGACACGACGGUCCGGGAGAAGACGCACUGUGCGUACGACAGGAUCAUCGUCCAUGGACGUGACAUUAUUUCCACCAUAGUGCCUGGCUCUGCUCAGCCGUUCAAUUUUAAAGAGGCUUUCCAUCUGACAGAGGAGGAGGCCCUAGGGGUGAGUGACCAUUUCCCUGUCGAGGUCGACCUGAAGCCAAAGCAUUACCUACUGCGCAGUGAGCUGUAGACUGAGAUGUACUUGGAAUCACCCGCACUUUAUUUUUACCUAUUAAUUAAUUAAAAACAUUCUUCAAAAUGUGCCUC